GACAAUGGCGGCGAUGCGUGUUCACGGAUAGAGGGCAACGGUGGCGGUGCGGCGGCAAACGGCGGAGAGGCAUCGCCCUAGAUAACGGUAGAAUCGCGCAGUGCUGUCGCGUUGUCUUCUCGCGUGAGUGUGAAAAUCUAGGAGGCGGGGAGGCGUACAGGAAAGGCAGGCGGCGGCAGGAGAGAAAGAGAGAGAGAGAGGCGCGUCCGUCCGCGAUCCGUGUAAUCAGCGUCGUCGUCGCCUUCUUCAAGGCUCCCGUUGCCCUCGUGAAUCGCGGAACGAGUCGUGUGUGCCUCUGCGGAUCGAUCGGUACGCACAGUGCCGAUAUAUCAGGCGUGCCGUGUGUGCGAGAAUCUCUCGAGACUCGAAACGCACUCGAGAGAACUGAAGAGAACCCGGUACAUAAGCCGCAUUCGUCAUAACGUGCGACGCGAAUUCCGACCUUUCGUCAGCCAAUGCGGAAUCAGUCAGGCUAGUUGGUUGGCCAGCGGCAAGAACCGUUCAACAGUGAGGACAGAUAACGCACAUCGGUUUCGUCCUCGUUAUCCCUUGGCUCUCCCCAAUGGACUCGUGACAGUGUGCGGAGACGGAGCAGCCGAGCUGAAUACAAAAAAAAAAAAGAAGAAAAAUAGAAGAACGCGCGGGUGGGCCAGGUAGGCUGUAAUAAUUGUCGAGGUCUCGUCAGUCGUGGCGACGAGGAAGAGACAGACGAGUGGCGCGCGUGAGACGGGGACAACGAGGGACGCGAGAGGAGGAAAGCGAGAAUAUACAGGCUUGCCUCUGCGUUGCGUGUGUACGUGUAUGCGCGCUUGAGAGCCGCCGAGCCGACUUGCGCGAGCGACAGAGACGGACAGUAGGAAAAAGAGAGAGAGAGAGACAGAGCGGGAACGAGAGAACGGCGGAGAGAAUUAUCGAGUGAAUCCCGGGAGAUACUGUGUUCUCUGCGAGGAGCGAAGAGCGUGGGGCAUUCAGGAGGCACGAGAGAUUAACUCUCGACGGAAUUAACGUCGAGAUAUAGAAGACACAUGUGAGAGACGUAAAUUCACUCGCACACAGACGACAUGUUGAAGAAACGUUAAUCGGUACGAGCCAGCAAUUGGGUCAUACCGUGUCUCCGAGCCUCGCGGUAGACGACAGGCGGCCAAUCUGUGACGCGCGAAGGCCGGAAACUGGUAGCCUAGAAACCGGAAACCGAAUCGGGCUGCUGGCAGAUCGCCGGGAUACUUGCGAAGAGAAACGUGAUAUUACGCAUGCUGCGCGAGAUCCGAUAAUCGAACGCGACUCUCGCAUGUAAUGUGCAUGCAUACGUCAAGCGAUAGGGAAUGAAAUCUGCGAGACGAGAUAAAACCUGCAAGCAGCCGCGAGCGUUACACGCGACCCGCUUCAGUAGAUAUUUCAGAGGUCCGUCUCACUGAGAGCAAAUCAAGGCAAAACGUGGCGGAUUCGGUGACCCCUCGACUGUGAUCAGGCCCAUAGGCAGUAGGUAGGACAAGGAAAUGCGCGAAUAUAAAAUAGUGGUGCUGGGCAGUGGAGGUGUAGGCAAGUCCGCCCUCACUGUCCAGUUUGUUCAGGAAAUCUUCGUAGAGAAGUAUGACCCGACGAUCGAGGACAGUUAUCGCAAGCAAGUCGAGGUCGACGGUCAACAAUGUAUGUUAGAAAUUCUAGACACAGCCGGCACGGAACAAUUCACAGCCAUGAGGGACCUUUAUAUGAAAAACGGGCAGGGCUUCGUGUUAGUGUAUUCGAUAACAGCACAAUCAACCUUCAACGACCUGCAAGAUCUCAGAGAACAGAUCUUGCGAGUAAAGGACACAGAUGAUGUGCCGAUGGUGCUAGUAGGUAACAAGUGCGACCUGGAGGAUGAGAGGGUAGUAGGAAAGGAUCAGGGUGUCAACCUUGCCCGGCAAUUCAAUUGCGUGUUUAUGGAGACCUCUGCCAAAGCUAAAAUUAAUGUUCGCGAUAUUUUCUACGACCUGGUGCGACAAAUAAACAAGAAAUCGCCAGAGAAGAAGAUGAAGCAGAAGAAGAAAUCGCUGUGCCUACUUCUGUAAGGUAUAUGUGGCGGAGCCCAUAUUCUCCUACAUGAAAAUCCGAGGAUACCAGUGGAUUAAAAAAAAGGACCGGAGCGGUUAUAAAACAAGGAAGAUACUAAUGACAAAAGAGGAGGAGGGGGCUGACGGAAUAUUAGGCGACAGUAGAACGGGAAUCUACGGUACUGAAAUCCGAAUGGUUGUAAGAUGAUGGUAGAGAGACGGGAGAAUAAGGGCAUAUAAGGGCACAAGGUAACGCAGCGGAGCGAAGAACGAAGAGAUACGUGCAAAAGAACGCAGCGAUAAACGGAAGGAAAUAUUGUAUAUAACAUUGGUUCCGGGAUGGCUCGUGUGCACGCGCAAGCAACGGCGCACAAAGUAGGAUACGAGACCCCGCAAGCAUCGGUUAUCACUGUAGGAAUUUUGCAUGAAUAAAUGAAGGGGAAAAUGAUUAA